CUUGCCUCCACAUAUUUCGGCCAUUCUCCGCAUGGACUCGCUCAGUGCCACGGCUAGCAUAAUUGCUAUUCUCCAGCUAUCGAGCACCGUCGUAGGGUACCUGAACGAAAUCAAAGAUGCACCGAAGGACCGCGCGAAGUGCGCAAUUGAGGUUGCAAACCUCAAUAGUCUCCUCACAGCGCUUAGGUUCCGCUUGGAGGAGGGAAGCUCUAGUACCCCGUGGCACACUACAGUCCGGGCCCUUGCAAGUAAGAAUGGGCCACUUGAUCAGUUUAAACAGGCGUUGGAGCAGAUGCAGAACAGAAUGGCUAGGGAAGGCAAGAUAAGGAAGACAGGCGACGUAUUAAUAUGGAAGUUUAAGAAAGAGGAGAUUGCCGGCAUAUUAGGCAGGAUAGAACGCCUCAAGAUAUUAGUACAGGUAGCAUUGCAAAUGGAUCAUAUACUACCGCUUAUAUAUCAAAGCAAACUUUCUCAGGCAAUAAAAGACAAUUCAGGCUUUAUUCAGACACAAGUUCCGACUAUAAGCUCUGGGCUCAGUACCAUACGGCAAAACCAAGACCAUGCGCGGCUCAGCAAAAUUAAGGAAUGGGUUUCGACGACCAAUUUUCCAGCUCAACAAUCUGACUUUAUAGGCCACAUACAAGAAGGGACAGGCCAGUGGUUUCUUAAUGCACGCGAGUUUGCGGGGUGGCUCCACCAACCAAAUCAAACGCUGUUCUGCCCAGGAAUUCCUGGAGCUGGCAAGACUAUGAUAGCAGCUAUCGCGAUUGAUCACCUAUUAAAAACAGUGCAGAGUAACUCCAUUGGAGUUGCUUAUGUGUACUGCAACUACAAGGCUCGGGAAGAGCAGGAUGCGACUAGUCUGCUAGCCGCUAUACUCAAGCAGCUAAUACAGCCCCUACCUGGGAUUCUAGAGCCUGUAGAGCGAUUAAGGAGGCAACAUACUAAUAAAGGAACCAAACCGUCACUGAAAGAAAUCUCUGGGGUUUUACAACCUGUCCUUGCCAGUUACUCUACUGUUCAUGUCGUAAUUGAUGCUUUGGACGAAUGUCGAAAUGACGACCACACCCACCACCUAUUUCUAGCCAAAAUGCGAGAGUUGAGAGCCUGGACAGAUUUACGCCUAAUGGUUACCUCACGAUUUAUACCAGAGAUUGUAGGUGAAUUUAGAGAGGCGUUAAGUCUGGAGGUGCAGGCCAGCAACGAGGACGUAAAGCGAUUUGUGGCUGGACAGAUUUACCGGCUACCGAAAUGCAUUCAGCGCGAUACUGCACUACAAGACAUGGUACUAGACAAGAUUGGAGAUUCAGUGGAGGGGAUGUACGUAUUCAAAGCUUACUAG